GCGCGCCGCUCGAUGCCGGCGCGCGCGAGGCCGGCCGCCGGGCGCUCGAGGCUGUCAGUGCUGCCACCUGUGAUGGCGUAGCACCUGUGCUGACGAGGCCGCACCCCAGUGGCUGCAAGUCGCCCAGCGGCACCUGCAGGAGAACGUGACGCUCAACGGCAUGACGUGGGCCGAGGCGACGGCGCACAAGACGCGUGCGUGCCUCUGGCGGUGCCGCAACGCGUGCAUGCUGACCCGUGUCUCUCCAGCCGUCGCACCCUUCGACGCCGUGCUCUCGGCACACGUGCAGUCGCUGCACGCCCGCGCCGACGCCCUCACGGCACAGGCCAUUGCGCGCCGCAAGGAGGUGCCGGCGCGGAGAGCUGCGGCGCUGCAGGCGCGUCACGAGGCGCUGCGAAGGGUCAGAGAGGCGAGCGAGGCGCGCAAGCGGAAGCGCGAGGAGGAGUGGAAGGCUGCUCCGCUGCCGCCGGCGCCCGCUCCGCCAGCGCGGCUGGCCGAGACUGCUGCGACGCUGCGCAAGUCGCUGGCCGAGCUCGAGACCCUGCAGACGGAGCUGCCGAAGCUCACGGAGCGGACACGGACGCAUACGGCGCUGGUGAAGCGUCUGCGCUCGGGCGCUUGAUCGUCGAGGUCUGCUCCACCGGCCUCAUCUUCCGGAGCUACAUCUCCUGAGGGAUCCGGCUGCACCCUCGGAGAGGCUUCACAUGGCGCAUGGGGAAAAUGUGCGAGCUGCGCUUCGUAUGAGAGACGUUCGACCGUCUGUCAGUCAGCAGCGCAGCUGCACACUCCCGCUCAUGCGCGCUGUACAUCACCACGUCACCCGCUAUAUCACUGGUACACUGCUCAAGGCGUGCACAGUGUCACAUUUCUGUUGCUCAAGCCGCGCUGCGCAUGUUCAGAGUCAGAGUGAGAGUGUGCACAUCGCGCCCCGUGCGUCGCUUCGCACCUUGUUGCCCUGCUCCACACCCUCGUCUGCCUGUGGGACCUAAGGCUUCGAGCCAGGACUUUGCUCUGAGACAAAUGACAUUAAGUUGCUGCGC